UGGCUUGGAGUUAGGCGGGAGUGGGGAGUUGUCCCUUCCGCUGUUGCUGUCCUCUAUCUGCUACAUCCCACUGACUGCCUCCCUCACCAUUUCCUCCUCUUUGUGAGAAGCGGGACUUGCCGUUGUUCUGGCCUGCCUGGUCUCUUCCAAGGGAUUGAUGCCGUUUCCCCUGCGUGUCUGCGGGGUUGACACAGAAGGGAUGCAGGUUUACUCCUUGUGGGUGUCGCUCCAACUCUGUGGAGCUGGUGGUGCUCCCUGGUGAAGCUCUUUCUAUCUGGGACGUGGAACAAGUUGGAGCAGGGGAACGACAGGGAGUAGUGAAGCGAGGGGUUGCUUUGCUCUGCACUCUCCAUUCUUGCUCUCGUCGUUGCAGCCCUGGGACCCUGGUAGGCGUCCUUAAAGGGAAAUCUGCGGAGAGUUCGAGGAAAGGUGGGGCAGGACCCACCUGAUUCGGCAUCAGUGAACGAAAAUGUCUUUAUUUAAAGCCCGUGAUUGGUGGUCUACUGUUUUGGGAGAAAAAGAAGAAUUUGAUCAAGGCUGUUUGUGUUUGGCUGACAUUGACAAUACUGGAAAUGGACAAGAUAAAAUAAUUGUGGGUAGCUUUAUGGGAUACCUAAGAAUCUUUAACCCCCAUCCUGUAAAAACAGGAGAUGGAACUCAAGCUGAAGAUUUGCUUCUAGAAGUGCAUCUACGAGAUCCAAUAUUGCAAGUGGAAGUAGGGAAGUUUGUUUCAGGUACUGAAAUGCUUCAUUUGGCUGUGUUGCAUUCUAGAAAACUUUGUGUCUAUUCUAUCUCAGGAACCUUGGGUAAUGUGGAACAUGGAAACCAGUAUCAGAUCAAAUUGAUGUAUGAACAUAAUCUUCAGAGAACAGCCUGCAAUAUGACUUAUGGAUCAUUUGGUGGUGUAAAAGGUCGAGAUUUAAUUUGUAUCCAGUCUAUGGAUGGGAUGCUGAUGGUGUUUGAGCAGGAAAGCUAUGCUUUUGGGAGAUUUCUCCCUGGUUCUCUUUUACCUGGCCCUCUUGCUUACAGUUCCCGUACAGAUUCCUUCAUUACUGUCUCUUCCUGCCGACAAGUGGAAAGUUACAAGUACCAAGUACUUGCUUUUGCAACGGAUGCAGAUAAAAGACAGGAGACUGAACAACAAAAACUUGGUUCUGGGAAAAGACUUGUUGUGGAUUGGACUCUAAAUAUUGGAGAGCAAGCACUUGAUAUAUGUAUUGUCUCUUUCAAUCAGUCAGCAUCUUCUGUUUUUGUUCUUGGUGAAAGAAACUUUUUUUGCCUUAAGGAUAAUGGACAGAUUCGAUUCAUGAAGAAACUUGAUUGUAGCCCAAGUUGUUUUCUCCCGUAUUGCUCAGUUUCUGAAGGAACAACAAAUACUUUGAUUGGAAACCAUAAUAACAUGUUGCAUAUUUAUCAGGAUGUGACACUGAAGUGGGCUACUCAGCUUCCCCAUAUUCCUGUAGCAGUAAGAGUGGGCUGUUUACAUGAUUUAAAAGGAGUGAUAGUCACUCUGAGUGAUGAUGGUCACUUGCAGUGUUCAUACCUGGGGACAGACCCUUCUUUGUUCCAAGCUCCAAAGGUUGAGUCUAGAGAACUACACUAUGAUGAACUUGAUACAGAAUUGAAAGAACUUCAGAAAAUCAUCAAAGAUGUUAAUAAAUCACAAGGUAUUUGGCCCAUAACGGAGAGAGAAGAUGAUUUGAAAGUUUCCGCCAUGGUUUCUCCUAACUUUGAUUCAGUGUCUCAAGCUACUGAUGUUGAAGUGGGAACUGACCUUGUCCCUUCAGUCACAGUUAAGGUCACAUUGCAGAAUCGACUGGCACUGCAAAAAGCCAAAUUAUCAGUCUAUGUGCAACCACCUUUAGUAUUGACCUGUGAUCAGUUCACCUUUGAAUUUAUGGCACCAGAGAUGAGUAGAACAGUAUCCUUUUCUGUUUAUCUGAAAGGGAGUUAUACACCACCUCAAUUGGAAGGAAAUGCUGUUGUUUCUUAUUCCAGACCAUCAGAUCGAAAUCCUGAUGGCAUUCCUCGGGUUAUCCAAUGUAAAUUUAGACUUCCCCUGAAAUUAAUCUGUCUACCAGGUCAGCCUUCAAAAACUGCAAGCCACAAACUGACUAUUGAUACCAACAAAUCUCCAGUUAGUCUUCUCAGUCUCUUUCCAGGCUUUGCCAAUCAGUCAGAAGAUGAUCAGGUGAAUGUAAUGGGUUUUCACUUCUUAGGAGGUUCCCGAGUUACUCUUCUUGCUUCCAAAACCUCUCAACGGUAUCGCAUUCAGAGUGAACAGUUCGAAGAUCUUUGGCUCAUAACAAAUGAACUUAUUAUUCGCCUUCAAGAAUAUUUUGAAAAACAGGGAAUCAAAGAUUUUGCCUGUUCUUUUUCUGGAUCUAUGCCCCUUCAAGAAUAUUUUGAGUUGAUUGAUCAUCAUUUUGAGUUGCGGAUAAAUGGUGAAAAAUUAGAAGAACUCUUAUCUGAAAGAGCCGUACAAUUUCGGGCCAUUCAACGCCGACUAUUGACAAGAUUCAAAGAUAAAACACCUGCCCCCCUCCAACACCUGGACAUCUUGCUAGAUGGAACUUACAAGCAGGUAAUCGCUCUAGCAGAUGCAGUAGAGGAAAACCAAGACAAUCUGUUCCAGUCAUUCACCAAGCUGAGAAGUGCCACCCAGCUGGUGAUUCUGCUGAUUGGGCUGUGGCAGAAGCUUAGUCCUGACCAGGUUGCUAUUCUGGAAGCAGCAUUUCUGCCACUGCAGCAGGACACUCAAGAAUUGGGCUGGGAAGAAACAGUGGAUGCUGCCAUUUCCCACCUCUUGAAGACUUGCCUAUCAAAAAGUUCGAAGGAGCAGGCUUUGAACCUCAGCAGCCAGCUGAACAUACCCAAAGACACAAGCCGACUGAAGAAACAUAUCACCUUGCUCUGUGAUAGAUUAGCCAAAGGUGGACGUCUCUGCUUGAGUACAGAUGCAGCGGCUCCACAGACCAUGGUCAUGCCGGGUGGCUGUACUACCAUCCCAGAAUCAGACUUAGAGGAAAGAUCAAUAGAACAAGACUCCGCUGAACUGUUUACCAACCACAAACACCUCAUUGUAGAGACGCCCAUGCCUGAAGUUUCACCCCUCCAAGGAGUCUCGGAAUAGUUCAAGUAGAGUUGUCUGGAUGAGGGGAAGAUGGCCUUCCCAAGGCUGAUCCUGUGUGGACCUCAUGCCAAGCACAGAUGUAGGGCUGGUCCAGGUGCUUCAUCCAUCUCACCUGCUUGGAGAUGAUACUAUAUAGACAUGGGGAUUGGGAUUUUUUUAUUUUGCUAGGAGGACUUGUAAUACCAUGGGCAGGUCAGUUGAAACUUGUCUUACUGGGAAAAGCUAUUGCCGCUUUUUGGUCAUCUGUAUGCUUAUAGCCAUCGGAUAUAGUGAGAGGACAUCUUUUGGGGACAGACUUUAUAAUGCAGAGACCUAGAUCCAAAGUAAUUUGAUACCCCAUUUUUUUCACAGAAUUCUUAUGUAGUAAGUGUAUCAAAUUUAAUAAAGCAUCUCAUUGUCCAACAAAA